GGCCAGGCUGGACUGCGUCCCUCUCAACUGGUGAUAAGCGAUGCAGGAGGUGCAGCACCCUACUGCACGUGCUCAACCACUGCAGGAUGCACUCUGCGGCCGUACAGGGCGGGUUCGUCAAAGCUAUCCCGACGCGCGGCGGCAACAUCAGCGUCAGGGUGAACCAGCGACCAACCCUGGUGCAGUAUGAUCUCCGGCCGGACAUCCAGAUUGUGGAUGAAGGAAGGAAGCGCGUCGUCCUCAUCGACCUGGCCAUUCCCUUCGAGGACGGUCUAGAUGCCCUCCUGAGGUGUCGACUCCAAAAGGUCGAUAAAUACACGCCGCUCGCCGCCAGCCUGGAGUCGGCCGGCUACCAGACGGAAGUCCACGCUCUCCUGGUCGGGACCUUGGGGUCAUGGGACCCAGCGAACGAGGCAGCAUUACGUGUGGCUGGCGUCCAUCGAAGAUUUGCUCCCCUGAUGCGGAAGCUUAUGACAUCCGACGUCAUCAGGAGGAGCAGAGACAUAUACAUCGAGCAUAACUGGCCGUGGUCCAAGAAAUGCAUCUUCUUGAACUAG